GAUAUUAAGUUUGUUAGAUAUAUUAUGUUAUUGGUACGUUGAAGUCAAUAGAAAUGUAUUAUUUUAUAAAAUUAAUUUUAUUUACUUUAAAAAAUAAUACAUUACUUUUAACAAAUUAUUAUAUUAAUUUUUAUUGGCCAAACUUAUGGUGUCAUUAGUAUGCUCAGCGCACCAGAUAUUUACUCGGAGAGAAGACGUAUUGACUCUGCCCCUCAUCGUCAUCCCAGAUAUGAAGUGUUCGCCACUUGUCUCAGGCGAUGAGCUCCGACUUUCCUCCCUGUCAUCUCUCUCCUCCUAUAUAUCUUCUACUAACUUCAUCACAUUUUCUCUCACUAAGAUAUUGAUUUGCAUAGCCACACACAGAGAGAUUGCAUUGAAACCUCCUAAUAACUAUUUUAGAAGAAUGAAAGGUGGUUUUGUUGUUGAAGAUAGGUUCAUGUGCGAAGAAGAGACCCAUCUCACUGUUCUCAAGACCUCUCUCUUCUUCGCCGACGAUGGAUUCACCGUCUACGAUUCCAAAGGUGAGCUCGUCCUCCGAGUCGACUCGUAUGGGGGCGAUGCACGUGACAAGGCCGAUGUCGUACUCAUGGAAGCCUCCGGCCGCUGCCUCCUCACGGUCCGGCGAAAGAGGCCGAGUCUGCAUCAUCGGUGGGAAGGGUUUCUGGGAGAGAAGACGGAGGGUCAGCAACCGAUAUUCAGUGUGCGGAGAUCGUCGAUGAUGGGACGUCGGUCUAGCAUGACGGUGGAGGUGGGUGGAGAUGCAGGUGAGGAGUACCAGAUAGAGGGAUCAUUCAGUCAGCGAAGCUGCACCAUCUACAAUGCAGCGAAGGAAUCGAUGGCUGAGAUCAGACGCAAAGUAGAUGCUUCGGCCCAUCAUGUGGUGCUUGGGAAGGAAGUCUUCUCUCUGUGCGUGAAACCGGGUUUUGAUAGUGCCUUUGCCAUGGGAUUGGUGCUCGUCCUUGAUCAGAUCCACGGUGAUGAUUGGGGUGAUGAAGGCAGUGUGGGAUCCCUUGACCCCACCAGUGUGGAAUCCGAAUCAGCUUGAUUUGAAUGUCAGAUGAUUUUGCAUGUCUGGUAAUGGUAAAUGGGGUUACCCUUGUCUGGUAAUAGUAAGAUUGGGGUUUGUACAACCUUGUCUGAUCCUUUCAGUACUUUAUUUUACAAAAGUCUAUAAAGAAAAAGAGGCUAGGCCUAGUCGAACUCUAUGUAUGUCUAGACUUGGUUUGUUGUUGUUGCUGUUGUUGAGCAAUGAAGAUUGAUUAGAAAAAUUAAUUACUACUGACAAUCUAUAAUGAUAUGGGUGUGUUUAUAUUUAAAA